GUACGUUGUUUCGAAUUGUCUAAAAGCACCAGAUUAGUAUCCACUCGGACCAGAUCAAAUUAUUUUCCCACUCCUAAGGAUUGAGCACAGGAUUAUUUGAAAAUGAGUUUGGAAUUUUAUAGAAGUCUGGACUCCUCAGAGCUAGAGUACAGGUCGCAGUUCCACAUCGAUUGCAAAGGAAAACUACCGACAUUUGUUUCCGACAACCUGCGUCCGGUGGAGAGGCAGCGCCGGAAAAAUAUUAAUAAUGUCAACGAAGUUCUGGAUUUACUGAAUGCUAAAUUCAAUUUAUUUCGCAAAGGAUUUCAAAACGAUUCACCAAAUGAGGCUGUCGGCAGUGUUGUCAAGCGUACGCUCCACGUAGAUACGUUUUUAGAUUUCAUACAUUCAACAGAGCAUCCCGCAAUCAUAACCCCACCAUCGCCUACCGAACAGGGCAGAAAUCAGAUUACCCAUCGGGACAUUCGUACAUUUAUCGGAAAAUCAUUUAAUUUGGCUCAGUUCAACCUUUGGAGAGGAGAUCGUGUUGCUAUUUGCUUACCCGAAGGACCUGUCCUCAAUCUGUGUCUACUAUCGACAAUGGCUUAUUGUACCUGCGUACCGUCCAAUUUCAAACUUACACCUGACGAACUUAUAAAUGACUACAGACAUCUGAAAGUCAAAGCAGUUAUCGUUCCGUAUGACAAACUGAUAACAAAUAAAAACGACGCUUUGACUAUACGCUUGAGGGAGGCUGGAUUGCAAUUGAUUGGAUUGAAAACAACGAGUGAUUCGGACAUAAGAUUUACUCUGGCUGAAGAUCCAAUUAAUGUGGAAAACAAUAACACCGAAAUUACAGUGAAAAUCACUGGAACACCCCCACUGAACGAAACCAAUGACAUAGUAAUGUUGAUACAAACAUCUGGAACUACGGGACAGAAAAAAAUAGUUCCCUACCGGCUGCAAACGUUAUGCAUAUCGACUGUUUGCGUCAUUUUUUCGCUCGAUGCCAGAGAUACCGACACAAUCAUCAACAUGAUGCCGUUGUUUCACGUGGGUGGUAUUAUCCGAAACUUGCUGACUCCCAUUUUUUCCGGUGGAUCCAUUAUUCAAUGCAAGGGAUUUGACCCCGUACUUUUUUGUGAUAUUUUGGAAAGUCAAACAAAGCCGAUCUGGUUCUACGGCGUGCCUAGCAUGCAACAAAAUAUUAUUCAAGUAGCAACAAUGCGAAAACUACCGUCCAAAUGCUGUGACUUAGUGACGAAAAUUUGUAAUGCAGGCGCUGGACUGGCACCAGCAUUGGCCAAAGAAAUCAAGUCCGUGUUCACUCAGGCUGUAAUUUUACCAUCAUAUGGAAUGACUGAAUGUAUGCCCAUAUGUGCCCCUCCCAUCGAUUAUGCGUUAGAACUUGACGGUACUUCCGGUCAAGUUAUCGGACCUGAACUUGCUAUAUCCGUCGACAAUGAAAUAGUCCACAGCGACAACAUUACCGGACAUAUAAUGGUGCGUUGUGGUCCCUGCUUCGAUGGUUACGAAGGCGUUGACAAUUCGGAGACUUUCGAUGAGAAUGGAUUUUUCGAUACCGGUGACAUGGGCUAUCUCAAUAAUGGAUACGUUUACAUUACUGGUCGUUCGAAGGAAGUGAUUAAUCGGGGUGGAGAGACCCUAUCUCCGUUGGAAAUUGAAAAUGUGCUGAUAGGUCAUCCAAAAAUCGCGCAAGUCAUGGCAUUUUCAGUACCUCAUGACACAUUACAGGAAACUGUUGGCUGUGCGAUAGUCACUCGCGAUCAGCAUUUACGUCCGAAUCUACGAUCCAUACGAAGUUUUUUGGACCAAAAGCUGCAUUCAUCAAAACAUCCCCAGUUGAUUGUAUACAUGAACGAGAUACCGAAAAGCAACGUUGGAAAAGUAAUGCGCAUCAAUUUCAGCAAUCGACUGAACAUACCCUGCAUCACCAAAACUAUGGAACUGACACCGUCUCAGCUAUUGUAUGAAGCCCAUUGUACAACAAGUGGACCAACAUUUGACGUCGUAUGCAGUACCGUUAAAUGGUCGGUGAGCGAUGUGGUCGAGGCAGUCAAAAAGUAUCCGAAAGUAAAGGCUUGCACGGGAUAUCGAAACGGUGAAAAUUUUACCUUAUUUAUUGUGAACAUGCUUGACGACGUGGACGACGAAUUAGUGCCGAACGUUAAAAAUUUCCUUCGGUCGAAAUUACACGACUAUAUGCUUCCGACCGACGUAGUCGUUGUACGAGAACAAGUGUUAAAGAACUGGGACUCAGUUGACGAGAAAAGCUUAGCAAAUUUGCUUAAAUCACAGCAGGAAGAAAUCAACGACCCUGUUACAUUAGUGUUGUGUGACCUAUUCGGUCUGGCGAUCGGUAUAAGACAAAAUGAAAAUGGUACCAAAUUUCCGGCUGAUGGCAGUUUCUUCGACAAUGGUGGUGAUUCUCUCAAAGCCGGAUUCUUGAUAUCAUUGAUCCGUACGAAACUAGGCGUUACAAUACCGGUGACAACAUUGUAUGAAGUUGACUCUCAAACACCUGCAGGACUUGCAGCCAAAUGUCGUGAUGGCAUGGCAAAGGACCAUUUUCUGUUGACCAAUGGCUACGACGAAUUUCGAAAGAAAGAAGGUGAUGCCGGAUCAAAGCAAACGUUUGAGAACUCUAACUACAAGAAACGAAUGGAAUCGAGACCGAAAAGUAGCUCGAAAAAUCCAUUCAACCCAUUGAUCAUGUUGUUCCAAGCGUCACCGUUUUAUUUAAUGCAGCCGCUCGCACAAAUUCUGCAAUGGAUUCUCUUUGUGCAUAUUCUGCUGUUCCUGGGAUCGGUUCAUCGAAAGUGUUUAGAUAUUUCAUUGCCGAACGUACUAUGGCUCCUUUCAUCUUUGGUAAUUACGAAAGUUUGCAUGAGCAUUAUCCUCCCCCUAUUCGGCAUAUUAAUGAAAUGGCUGGUAAUUGGUCGCUAUCGUUCCGGUACGUAUCCCUUGUGGGGCGGUUAUUAUCUACGUUGGUGGUUCGUCAACAAACUACUGUUGAUCACUGACACUGGUAUAUUCAAACUCAACCCUCAACUAUACAUUUGGUAUCUGCGACUGAUGGGUGCCAAAAUUGGACGAAACACCCGGAUAUCAUGUGACGCCAAAAUUGGAGAAUAUGAUUUGAUCAGUGUGGGAUCGAAUUGUUUCAUUGACGACUGUAUAAUUAAACCUUUCCGGCUGAGCUGCGGCCACAUGAAUCUCUCGAAUAUUGUGAUUGGCGAUAGCUGCGCCAUAGGAUUUCAAUCGAAUAUAGUGUCUGGAACCACCCUUUCCAAUGAAACCAAUGUUGGUCCACAAACGACUACAUACACAAGACACAUGAAAGCCGGUGGAUCAUCAGCACACAAAGAUACUGCUACCGGUAUUGAGUUGGGGAAUUUGUGUAGGGAAACGUUUCCUCAACUACACAUCUUACUGGAAUGUUUCGUCGGAUGGCCAAUUGUUAUUCUAUCGCAAAUCUUGGCGCACAUACCUUGGUUCUAUUGCCUUUACCUGCUGACGGAGAGUAGAUCAUUUAGCAGUAGUCCGAACGUCACAGACCUUAUUUUAUAUUUGACACUACCGGCCCGAAUUGGUUACUUUCUACUUGCCGUGAUGGUUCGACGCUAUGUCGUUCAUUUGCUGUAUAUAAUUCUGGUAAUUUUGAUUAAGCGAUUGAUCAUCGGUAAAUUCGAAGCGGGUCCACGAAAGCUAGACCAAAUGUCUUUACUUCGAUAUUGGCUGAUGAAAACGUUAUUGGACAAGGAAAAAUGGCAGUUGGUAUCAACCAUAGUAGGAUCCCAUUAUGAAGGCAUUAGUAUCAUAUAUCGUCUGCUGGGGGCUAAAAUUGGCAAACGUGUUUAUUGGCCAGGAACGAAUAUUCAUGUGAUCGAAUACGAUCUAUUGACGGUGGGCAAUGACGUGAUUUUCGGUUCAAGAUCGCAUAUUCUAUGCAGUGAUGCAAGUGAAUCCGCUCCAGUUACUAUUGACGAUGGUGCUAUGAGCGCCGACGGUUGUGUAAUUCUGCCAGGAGCUCGUAUCGGUCGAAACGCCAUUCUCGGAAGUGGCGGACUGUUGAAGAAACACUUUUAUUUGGCUGAUGAUUCGAUAUGGUAUGGGUCGUUCAAUGGUAAUGCGGUUAAGUUACGCGAUGGGACUAUUCAAAGGAAGUGCGCCUCAACAAUUGAUGAAGGCAAAAAGGAUAAAGCAAUGGGAGGCUCAACUUCAACAACUAUUUCGAUGUCAACCAAUAACGACGAUAACGACACAAAAAGACCAUACGGGCGUGCGUUCUGCGAUCGUAAGGCGAAUUACUUCGUCUUCCCACUCGCUCUCAUUAUAUUCUACAGUUGCGUCAUACUAUGUAUCGGUACUGUGCUGUGGUGCGUGCCAAUGCUAGCUGCACUACAGGUAACUGCUUUCUAUAUUCGGUCAGCUGAAGUAUCUGAGUUUGGUGCAAAUCAACCAAUUGCCUGGCAUUUAAUCCUCGUUCUGUUCAGCUCCUUUUCACUUUUGUAUACAGUAUUAACCACGUCCAUGUUAUGUCUCGAAGUAAUAUCCAAGUGGGCACUACUCGGUAAACGUGAAGCGGGAUCAUUUAAUUGGGAUACAAGCUCUUAUUGUCAGCGAUGGCAGAUAUUAAUUUUAGUACAACACAUCGCUCGAAAACAUUCCCUCGACCUAAUGGGUGGAUCACCUUGGAUUAUCUUGUUUUUCCGGGCUCUGGGCUGUAGAAUUGGAAAAAGAGUAUGCCUUUUCCCGAACGGUGGUGAUCCAGUCAUGACCGAACCCGAAUUGGUCGUACUGGAGGACGAUGUGGCGGUCGACAGGGCUGCGCUCGUUUGUCAUUUGAAUACGUUCGGUGAAUUCAGCAUCAAUCCGUUGUGGGUCGGAGCAGGAUCAGUUCUACAAAAUAAUUCAAGACUGGCGCCGGGUGCUCGUAUGCUGGAAGAUUGUACAUUAAUGGAUCGUUCGUAUAUAAUACAGGGGGAAAUCGCUGAAGCUGGGUCUGUAUGGCAAGGCUAUCCCGCAGUGAGCACUAGUUUUGAAGAACAGUAUGCAUUGUAUUCAGGUAACAGAGCAUAAGUGAUAAAUUUGUGGCUUUGAUUCAAUUAGGAUGUCCUUUUUCUCUUAAAUUAAUCUUUUUCAUAAAAAAUUUGA